GCUGAGUGUAUCAGAUGACAUGACGCAGACGGGUUCCGGCUCCCCUGGCCUCCGACGUUCUCUCUCUCAGAUGGAUUAUGAGCUCCUCAAGCACACACCUGAUCUCACUAACAUUCCUCCAUUGCAAAGGUUUGGUUUUGCAAAGAAGCGAAUCAAUGAAAUAUUUGAGAAGUUCAAAGUCCACGUAGAAGAAAUGGAUGCCUUCAUUGGUAACUCCUACAUCAAAGAAGCUAAUGAUUUGCAUGGUGAACAUCUCGAUACACAGAACAUGUUACGCCAGAUUGAGAGUAUUGUACAAAUCAUCGACAGAGAUCACAUGAAGGUAGCCUUCUUCGGUCGGACCAGUAACGGAAAGAGUACAGUAAUAAACUCUAUGUUACGGGAUCAGAUUCUUCCUUCAGGUAUUGGUCACACUACUAACUGCUUCCUCUCUAUUACCGGGGUUGAUGUCCAGGAACCCUACCUGCUUAGACCUGACUCUCCCGACAAGAAGAACGCUCAGACAAUAAAGCGGCUAUCAAACUCUCUGAGUAAAGAGUGUUUAGAUCCCAAUGCUAUUGUCCGACUGUACUGGCCUAAAACUAAGUGUGCUCUUAUACGAGAUGAGGUGGUUCUAGUGGACAGUCCAGGUAUUGACAUGUCUCCGGAUGUAGACGGCUGGAUUGACACGCACUGUCAGGAUGCUGACGUGUUCGUGCUGGUUGCUAACUCAGAGAGUACCCUCAUGCACUCUGAGAAGAGUUUCUUCAAGCGAGUAAAUGCAAAGUUGUCACAACCGAACAUUUUCAUUCUCAACAACAGGUGGGAUUGUAGUGCUGGCGAAGAUACGGCUACUAGAGAUGAGGUGCGGUCCCAACAUCAAGACAGAACCAUUGAGUUUAUUGUGGAUGAGCUGGGUCUGAUGACGAGAAAGGAAACAAGUGAACGUAUCUUCUUUAUCAGCGCUAAAGAGGCUCUGAAGAUAAGGAUGGGACAAGCAUCAGAUCUCGCUCAGGGCUGGGAAGAAAGACACAAAGAAUUUGAGGAUUUCGAACAUAAAUUUGAGAAUUGUUUAUCAGCAUCGGCUAUAAACACAAAGUUCCAUUCUCAUGGACUGAGAGGCCGUGACAUUGCUAACAGCUUGAACGAAUCUCUCAAGAAAAUGGAGGAACUAUCUUUUAAUUACAGGAAGAAAUGUGAGGAGGAGAGAAAAAGAAAAGAGCAACAGCUAGACUUCGUCUUGAAGGAAAGUGAAGCAAUCAAACAUUACUUUAAAAAGAAGAUUGAGAGUGUCGGAUCUAACGUAGAAGAGUUAGUGUCGGAUGCGUUGAGAGAGGAGAUACUUAGGCUGUCUAACACUGUUGAUUCCUUCUCGUACCCCUUUCAGAAAGAUUUCAUCAACAAAUAUAAAGCAGAAUUAGAAAAUCAUCUGGAAGAACACUUAGGAAGAAAUCUGAUGGAUCGAUGUCAUAACAGGAUAUCAAAAGUGUACGAAGAGAUGAAGAACGAAAUGUGUGGAAGGAUACAGCAACUUAUGGAUGUUCAGCAAAGUGCAGCGAUUGGUCCUUCUCAACCUGCAAUCGAAAUGCAAAGUUCAUUUGAGCCGAUAUACCAAAUAGACUGUCAAUCCUUGUUCAUGGGUUUUCAAAGUCAGCUAACUUUCCAGUUUUCGUUUGGUCCCACUGCAAUGGCACGCCGUUUCCUUGGACCGCGAUAUUCUUUGUUUCUGCAAACUUUAGGGGAAUCCUCAUCUCCUCAACCUACCCCUAAUCCAGCACGAAGUCAGGUGACCCAGAGAGUACGGUCCCCAGAAGCGUCAGUAGCAAGACACACAACCUCAGUAACUGGAGAUGAUAACGUGCUGCUGGUGUUGGCUACUCAGCUCUUACCUGCUUUCAACACUAAGACUGCUUUCACUGCUACUGCCGUCAUCGCUGGAGUGUAUAACCUUGUAGGGUGGAGAGUGAUAGCUGCUACUGGUGGGGUGUAUGUGGGUCUGUACGGAUACGAGCGCUUAAAGUAUACCGAACGAGCCAUGGAGCGGAAAUUCAAACAACAGUUCUGUGACUAUGCCUCAAUUAAGUUACACGACAUUGUGACUUACACUGGAAAUUGCUGCAGCACUCAAGUGCAACGAGAUCUCAGCUCCACUCUAUCACGCCUAUUAACAUCUAUUAACGGAGGUAUUAACGUACUCAAGACACAAAUUGCCACUCUUUCUGCCGAACUGUCCAGAAGUAAAGACGUGUAUGAUUCUGCUACUAGCAAGAGGAUUCUAAACGACCACUGCAGAGAUGAACUGGAGCACUUCCUAAAACUAUUCAGCGUCACGUGAUCUGAUUUGUUCUGUUAUUCCAAACUAUAAUACACAAACUGAAGUUAAGUCACGUGAUAUGACGUAAUAUCACGUGAUAUGACGUAAUAUCACGUGAUAUGACGUAAUAUCACGUGAUAUGACGUCACAUCACGUGAUAUGACGUCACUGGUCCGUGAUCCCACCAGCCGAGUGGCAGUUACUUUGAAAGAAUGCGUCGUGCGACCAUGGCCGAAUUAGGAACUAAACAGUCGAAUAUAUAAACGAACAUGAAACUUUGUACUGAGUUAAGUUUAUUAUACGAUCAGCUUAGCAACCACUUUUAUUAAAUUAUAUCGAUAGUUUAUAAAAAUUGUUUAAAUCUGCGGCUAAUUUAUACGAAUUUUUAAUAACUUUAAUUUUCAUUCAGUAAUAAUACUUAUGAUCUGAAGGCGCUGACUUCAAAUAUAAUAAGGCUCUAACUUAUAGAGCUUUAAUAAAGAGCAAGUUAGUCAGGUUAAAAGAAGUUGGUCAGGUUUUCACUAAUGUGGAUCCGGGCUGUAUCACUAUUAUGUGACCACGUGAUAUAUUGCUCCUUCUGAAGCCACGCUAUCGUUAAUCAUCAUAUGUGGUCAAAUUGUUAACAAGUUGUACCCAUAACAAAAGAGACGUUAACUUUUACUUUGGGUAAAUAAGUCCAAAGUUGUUACAUACAAACGAUUGGUUUUUUACAAAGACAUUAAAAGUAGGGGUGAUUAUACUUUUUGGAAAUUAACGGGACCAAUUCUAUUUCUAUUAAGACUUGCUGCCAAAGCAUUUUCGUCAAACUUAUGAUUUUUUAGUUAUUUGAGCUUGUUCUUGUGUGAAUUCGAUCUUCAAAUUGGAGGACAAUUAUUUUUAUGAGAUAGCUCUGAUUUUCUAUUCUCGUGUCGGUGCAAUCUGUUUGAUUAGUUUUUAUUUGUUGCAACAUUUUGUAUAACUUAUUUCAAAAUUCAAAUAUACGAAGUUCGUAAAAUUAUCAA